AUGUCCCUGCUUAUGCUUUCAGGAUUCUUCAAUUUUCUGAAGGCGUCUACGGCGACGUACAGAGAAAAUGACCUGGUGGUUUUCUUCAAUGGGCCCCAGGCUAUAGUCGUAACGGUAACACCGGCAGCAGUCGAGAUAAUUACGGCGCGCAAAGAAGAACUGAUGGACAAGAACCACGUGAGAAACUCCACGAGAUCCUUCCUGGAUAUUCUUCUUCAAAUGCACAUGCAAGACGAAACGCUUACUGAGAGUGAAAUCCUGGACGAAACCAUCACAAUACUCGGUGCUGGAUUUGAUACAACCGCUACGUCGGCGGCGUUUUGCUUGUACCUUCUCGGAAAUCAUUUGGAGGUCCAAAAAAAGUUACACGAAGAACUAGAUAGGGUUUUUGGAGAUGAUGUUGACCGUCCAGUAACUUUGGAUGACCUCAGGGAUCUGCCGUACUUGGACUGCGUGAUUAAGGAAACGUUGCGGCUUUAUCCCUCUGUUCCGGUGGUGGCGCGGCACAUUGACGAGGACAUGAAAAUAGGUGAACAGCUUAUUCCAAAGGGAACAGUAGUAGUGACGCUGAUCUACUUCCUGCAAAGACACCAGAAGUUCUACGAUGAGCCGAACACCUUCGUUCCUGAAAGAUUCCAGGAAAACAAUGGAAGACAUCAAUAUGCCUUCAUUCCUUUCUUCGGAGGGCAGAGGAACUGUAUCGGUCAGCGGUUUGCGGUGCUAAAGGCCAAGGUGCUGGUCGCCCAGGUGAUGAGGCGCUUUAAAAUUGAAUCGAAACUCCCGGAGAGUGAACUCCAGCUGGAGAUAGGAAUUGUUCUGAGGCCAUCUCUGAAUCUGGAUGUGAAGCUCACUCGAAGGAACCGAACUUUGUGA